AGUUCACGUCGUUAGUCCUUCGAUUUGUUAAUUACACGCGAGUGAAUUCGCAAAUUGACACGCGGCGGACUUCCCGCGAGAACUCGUCGCUUCCUUUUCGAGCGCUAGUCCUCGUUGAAAACUGUUAGCCUCGGCAAGCCAGAAGCACAUACUUUAAUUCCACGCUUCUCUUUUAAUUCUUAAUUAAAUGAUCGUUAGCCGCCGAAAUAUAGCCGUGACUGGGUGAUUGUUCUAUGUAUUGGCAAUUCAAAUCGCUGAACGCAGUGUAAUUAGCUUAACGAGCUUUUCGCGAAAUUCUCCCUCAGAUGCGCGACUGUAUUGUUAGCGAUUAUCGACAAGCCGUAAAGCGAGGGUAGUGGGCCCCGUGCACUUGUUUCAUACCCACUUCCUCUGCUAAGUGAUUCGGUGAAGUAACAAGGUUGCAGUACACGGCGCGGAGCUGCAAGUUCUGGAAGUUUGUGCCUAUCAAGGAGAUCCGGCAAAGGACCUUUUGAAACAGUGCCGUUAUUAUGAGGACAAUUGAAUUAAAAGCUGUUCAAUUCUGUCUAGAGGUGCGGUGGUGGCGUCAUCGGGACGUGAAAUAUGUUUAAGCGAUUGCCGGCUCCGUUUCCCUCGGUCCUUCGGCUCAGGACAGACGCUCGGAUAUAGAACCGCCAUAUAUGCGCCACCGAGGAGCAAUGGGCGGAAUAUUUCCUAUGAUGGAUGUGGCAGUUUUAUGGGUUAGUCCUCAUAAUACACUAUUAUGGCUACUGUGGAAAAGCCAAAAGCGUUCUCAGCCUUUCUAUUUAUGAAUAUGUUUAUUCAGUUGCCUUAUUUAUGUGCGCUUCUUUUAAAGACUUGGCUGAAGAAGUAUCUGCGCGAUGCUGUUUUUUAAUACUUUUGAUGGCCUCUCCCCUUGAACUCUGGCGAAGGAGACUCGCGCUCUUGCAUUGAAACAUUGCUCACAUUGUUGUGUGGCUACAUUUGUGUGGCUUCCGUUCCUUCAACAUUAUUUAUUCAUUGAAAAAUAUUUCUCUUGUGUUUUGCGGGAUAAAUGGAAAAUAUUCUGACUGAAUAACCGCCGCCAUCGAACGACCGAGAUACAGACGAAAUUAAAUACAAAUUCAAAUAAUACAAACACAAACAGAAACGAGCAACUUAUUUUCCAGGAAAAACUUCCCGAAAGAUAACUAGCCGAGACGAAACAAACAGAUACGUACAAACAGAAAGCCGACGAAGACCAAACUUUAUUUUGCAUCAACGAAAACUAAAGAAGCGGAGACAAAGGCAAAAGUAAAUUUUCUUUUGGGAAAAUUACAGAAAGAGUGGAAAUUCGUCUCCAUCGCUAUCGCUUUUCCGAGAGCGUACUUGAGUCUAAUUAAAAGCGAGAGGUUGUGUCCUGGGAGGCAUUUUCAUCAUCCGAAAAUCAUCGCCUUGUUUCCAUAAACUUCUAAGGAAACCUCAAUCAAGGACAUAGCCUGGGAAAGUGGUUAUAGAGCACGGAGCACAGGAGGACGCGGAUUUCUCUUGAAAAGAUUUCCAGCUUAUCGCAACAUAUCAACAGAAUCGUCCUGUAAAGGAGGUCGAAGCGCGGGCAAUUACGAAAUCGAAACAUAGUCACGCGGCGUGGAAGCGAGGACGAAGGACGGGAAUAUCGCAACGCGACGUGCACCACUAAUUGAUCGAAACGUGUCGUAGCUGCUGUUCGAGCGUAUCCUCGCGUACGUUGAUGUAAUGUUUGCCUUAAGAAGGUAAUAUCCGGUGAAAAGACUACCUGCUGGUGGAGGACGAUUCGACGACGACGUAUUAAGGCGAAAGGAUUACGACUAAUUGGCGUUUCAAUAUGCUGAUGAAUUGGAUUAUUUUCGGAUUACUAUGCUUAGCUAGCAGUCUUGGCGGCAUUGGGGUGCGAGCGUACGAUCAUGAAAUAUCGGAGCAACGCGACCACAAAGUUUUAUUGUCCUGCCCGAUCGAUUUUAAAGCAUGUGGAGAAUUGCAUUCUGUGAAAUGGUUCAAAGGAAACACAAGGAUAGCGGUGGUAUCGGGUGAUGGAGAGGUGGCCACGGUGAAGGAUGAAUACAUGAGCAGGAUGUCAAUAGACCAUUCGCCGAAGGGUCCUGUUACGAGUCUGAGUAUAAAAUCUCUUCAGAUAGCGGAUGAGGACGUCUACACUUGUGAGAGUACGUUCUUGGAGCCGAGGGAGUCGUGCGACACAUCGGGUGUGUACCGGAUCGAUCUGAAGGUGGAAGUUCCUCCGUCUGCUGUGCAUAUACUCGACGAGAACGGAAAAUUCGUGAAGAAUGGGACAAAGUAUGGACCGCUCCGGGAAGGUCAUAAACUAAAAUCGAUAUGUGAAGUGAAAGCUACACGUCCCGUGCCAACUGUUGCAUGGUAUCGGGGUGGAAAACGCUUAACAGAUUCCCUCCACGUGGAUGAACAGAACGGACUGUUUUAUGUGAAAUCCGAACUAUUGCUGAUAGUGUCUCGCCUUGAAUUGGGCAACAAUAUCGAAUGCCGCGUGGAGUCGCCAUCCUUGGAUGAUGAAAUUAUUACCAACUAUCUGGCUUUGGAUCUUGAAGUACCGCCAACGAGUAUCAACCUAACUGGCGUCGAGCACCAUACGGUUCAGGGAACUAAUGUUCUACUUGAGUGUAAGGUUCAUGGAGCUCGGCCUGCUGUAACCAUGGCAUGGUUCAAUGCAUCACAUGAGAUCGAUAUCCGACAUUCUGAUGCAGUUCAAAUAGAAACAAAGUCGAUUGAACAACGCGACGGUACCUAUGAAACAAUUAGCGAUUUAAAAUUCGUGGCAACACGUUACGAGGACGGCCUUAAAUUUCGAUGUGAAGCUCAGAAUGUUGUAAUGCGGGACAAUAAAGAUAAACCAUUACACGAAAGCUUAGUCCUAGAAGUUCUUUACCCACCUGUAGUGUCGGUGAAACCAGAGAAUCUAACAGUUCAGGAAGGACGAGAAGUUUUGCUAUUCUGUGACUAUGAAGCGAACCCAGCAACAUUACAAAGCGUGAAAUGGUUUCAAAACGGAAAACUACUCAACCUCGGCGAAUCCAACCGCUACGAGGGCGGUAAUCCUGAGCACACAGCCCUGCUAAUAAAGGAAUCGACUCGAUAUGAUGAUGGCGUGUACACCUGCGAACUAGCGAAUAACAUCGGGGCGGAGACGUCGGAUAACGAGAUCUAUUUGGAAGUUCAAUUUCCACCAGUCGUCAAUCUAACCAUGGACCCGGACUCUCCAAUGAUUGAGAAUGAUGAAGGGAAUGUGACGCUUUAUUGCAACGUCUUGGAAGGAAAUCCGCCAACUUUGAGCAAAGUUCGAUGGUUCUUGGGAGGCGAGCUCCUUAAAGAACUGCCGGAGUGCAAUGGGGAUGGCAGCGAUGAGUUGUGUAACAUCGAUCCAAGCCGAUUACUGCUGCAGAACAUUGGACGUCAGUUCCUGGGAAACUACUCAUGCGAAGGAUUAAAUUCUGCUGGUUGGGGUGCCCGCAGCAAGGAAAAUGAGCUGAUUGUGUACUACGAGCCGGGCAAUGCCACCAUCCGCCACAAUCCGCAGAUUGCAGUGAAGAGGAAAAGCGUGAGUUUUACUUGUUCAGUGGAUGAUCCGGGAUUUCCUGCAGCUACCACGUACCAUUGGUUGCGGGGCGGACGGGUUGUGCACGAAGUUACUUCCAACCUUUACACAGUGGACCCGGUGGGCCUGGACUCGCGAACCAACUUCACAUGCUAUGCUUUCAACGCUGGCGGAAGUGGAAAUUCCGCAACAGUCUUAUUGGAUGUUCACGCUGCUCCGGCUUUUAUCAACCCUCUAAUGCCUUACUCGGGAGUUCUCUAUUCAACCGGUAAUGCCUCGCUAACCUGUCGAGUGGAGUGCGUUCCCGAGUGCUCCAUAUCGUGGUUCAAGGAUGGUGUAGGCAUUGAUGAGUCGUCAGACAAAUACUACAUAACUGAGAAAUACCUCGAAGCGGAUCCGGCUACUGGUGACUUCGAGAGCGUACUUUCCGUGCUGAAUUUUAAUAUGACCGCGUGGCCGCAAGGAAAGUUCGAUAUUUAUGCAGACAAUGCGAAUUAUUCCUGCGUUUCAACGAAUAAUAGUGCAGGACCAGGAGUGCGGAGCGCCACAUAUUUCGGCAUUGAAUAUCCACCGGAAAAUACAACUGUUUCCAAGGAUAUCGUUACUGUCGAAGAGGAUAACAUACCGGAGCGGAUAUUGUGUUCAGCUAAGGGAAAUCCGGAACCCUUGUACGAGUGGCAGUUUAAUGGAAGCGUUAUAACACGAGGUAGUGCCUUGAUAAUAAAUCACAAGAUGGCCAAGUCGGAUGCAGGAGCGUACGAGUGUUUUGCCUACAACAAGCAUGGAAGACAUUCAGCCGUUACGAAUAUAACAGUGACAUAUAAGCCAACAUGCGAGAUCGUGAGAAAGGAGAUCGAGGACGAGGACACCCUGAUUUGCACCGCAAUUGGAAAUCCGAAAGAGGCUGACUUUCACUGGUCGAUUAAGUCGGAAAAUGACUCAAUUGAUUUGGGAAGUGGAGAAACCGUAGGAGAGUCGAAUUACCUGGUGCUGGAGGACGAGUUCUCCGUGACGCGGGUUUACCGCUGCGUGGCGAACAAUUCAGUCGGGGCUGGACCCUACUGCCAGAUUGAAGUUGCCGGGCAUUUAUCUUGGUGGCAGAGAUGGGAUAAAAUCACUCUAAUUAUCCUUGUGGCAUCUGUACUUGGUGUUCUUCUAGCACUCAUCGUUCUCUGUUGCGUCAUAGUUUGUAUAUGCCGGCGUCGAAGAAGGCGUGAUAAAUGUGAACGAGAUAAUGAGGACCGACCCCCGCCGCUCCCCAAGCGAAAUAUCCUUCCAUCAAGUCGAAACUCAACAAAUGCAAAUAAUAUUUCGGAAUGCAGCACUAAUGAGCUCCUGCCCCGCAAAGGUAAGAAGCGGCGAACCAGGCGAAACGGGGCCACUGGUAGUGAUAAUGACGAGGACGAGGAAGACAGCUCUAUAGGGUGUCGUCCGUUGCAGGAUGCAUCCAAUGACGACCGGUCGACAAAUCUAGUCACAGACCAUCCAGAUGCCGAGACCACCGGGACCAGUGGGGGUUUAUUCGAAAGGAUAUUUGGUGAGAUAUUUAGUCGGCAGACCCAAAGCCGCCGGGACGACGCUGAUGCCUCCGCAGGGAGCACGAGUCACAGUUUCGCAGAUCGUUUCCUGAAUUUCUUCGGCCCAUCAAGGAUAUUCGGUAGACAGCGUCUGGAGCGAAGUGAUUCGGGCGCAUCGAACCCAUUCGCCACGGAGCACCGUCUGAAGGGGAUCCGAUGUUCUGGAGUCAUAACGUACAAGAAGACGUCCGUUUUGAAGCCAAGGAUAGCACCCUCAACGGCUGGUGCCAGCUCGUCGCCCAGCGCCGUUGUCACUGGGUCGUCACGAAGUGAACCGAAUAAUAAUGGUACGAGACAAAUAAACAACAAGUCAUCUGCAUUGGGGGAUCCUUUGACCGAACCUGGCGAGUAUGAGAACCUACCAUUCCACGGUCUACAAACGGCACCAAAUAAGUUUGCUACACCGCCGUCAAUAAAUUUCAAUAACUCGAAUGUUGUACGUGUUGCCCCGCGUCCUAAGCAAGUGACUAACAAUAAUACAAAUAACACGACCAGCUACGCGCACCAUCAGCAAUCACAUUACCCUCUAACCCAGUCCACUCUCCUGAAGCAAUCUUAUCCACUGUCAACCUCCCAAACGCUGCUUCUGUCCUCCUCCAGUGCGAAUAAUGGUCAUGGCGGUGUAAAUAGUAGUAGUGCAGGUAACAUGACUAACUGCUCCUCGUCCAAUACGGUGGGAGGAGGGGGACAUUCGCGGCAAUACAGCCUGAGCAAUUGCUUCCCUACAAGCUACACAGCCUACUAUCAGCAACAACAGCAACACAAAGGCUCCUCGUCAAAAAACUCGGCCGUCGAUAAUUCCUUUGCGAAUAGUUGUCCGUACACUGUCCAGAGUCAGAAUAGUUCCACGAAUAGUCACAAUCCUUUUGUAGUUCAGAACUUGCGGAAAUUCAAUACAAAUAGUGGUUGCAGACAGAGCGGUGCACAUCGGAAAAAAACUCCGGAUCCUGAGAAAAAAUUCUAUUCUCUGAAAUCGCUCGGUAAUCGUAAGGGAGGCGGAUUGCAUUUCUGUUCGAUAAAACCUUCGCUCUCUAGCAGUAAAUGCAAACGACAUCACUCAUUCGCUGGCGGAAGUGUCGGAGAUAUUGUGACCAGUGGCAACUGCAUCGGCCCCACCCAGCACACUCUUCCUUUUAUGGGCCAGCAGCAACUGCACCAACAGAACGAUUCCAAAAUGAAAUUCUACGAGCCACCACUCUACGAAAACCUGACGGACUCAAUACAAAUCCAUGAGAGCAGCAUGGUGAGUGGUCGGCCACAUGGCAAACACCAGCAGCAUCACCAAGUGAACGAUGAUAUCAACAAUCUAAUGGAGCCCGAGCGCCUCAGUAUUUACCGGAGCGAUUCAGGAAUAUCCAACAGUUCGUACGAGUGUGCCACGCCGGUUCCUGCUCCACGUCAAUUACUGAAACAGAAAUCCUCGUCGCAUUCAUCAAAAUGCCAGAAUCAUAGUCCGCUCUAUAUGAACUUGGCGAACAAUGCAAGCAAUACGUGUAGCACAGAGCGGGCGACUCCACCACCGCUGCUGCCACCCCCUUCGACGUCUCAGCAGCAACACCAGUCCGCCUCAAAUAGCAACCAUCCAACUUGCCUCAACGCCUCAAGCAAUUUUAAUAGUAGCAAUAGUAGCAGCAGCAAUGGUAAUGGUAGUCAUUGUAAUGGUGCUAAUAAAUGUAACCAACCCAAUAAUAACAAUUCAAAGGACACUGUACAGUCGUACUGCCAACGGCAACAGCAGCCACACCACGACCUAAAACAUCACCAACUGCCAAACCACCAGCAGCGACAAGAAUCACAACAUGCGAGACAUGGCUCAUCUAAUCGCAGCCGCUGCAAAAAGAGAGCCCAAAACUCAGCUUCGCUUCUUAGCCUCGAGCAUGUUUCCAAUACUAGCAACAACCCAUUCCUAGCGGCCGGGACAUCAUCAUCAUCAGGUUUCAAUAGUCUCAAUGAGCAUGGAGGUGGUGCAUCAUCAUCUUCAUCGUCAUCGACAACGACAAACCGUUGUCGGCCCAAAUCGCAACAACAGCAAAUACUUGUGCCAAAGGAUCAUUCGCAAAUCAUGUCACUGAACAAACGAUCGUCCAUGUCGGCUUUCAACCCCCUGUCUAAUAACCAUAAAAGUAGAACUAAUAGCAAACAUGUAACCAAUAGUGCUAAAAACCCAACUGCUUCAACUAGUUACUGUAGCAGCUAUAAUAGUGAUAAUAACCUAACUGAUCCCAACCACUACAACGAUCCGCUUCAGCAGCACAGCUAUCACAAAUCGAACGGCUAUAUCAUUCGCCCGAUGAAGCUGCCCCUGCGAAAGCAUCACAGCUUCCACUUCCAACCCUCUCAAACUGUAGCCGGCUCAUCAUCACAGAAAAGUGGCAAACACAGCACUGGUAGUAGCGUUUGUAAUUACAGAACUAACUAUAAAUUAAAUGGCGGCCCAUUAGUGUUUAAACCGCUCCUCAACGAAAAUAGUGCAUUCAAGCCCAUCACUCCUGCCAGUAGUACCAACUGCAGUCGGGUAUCGACUGUUGGGAACCCGUGUAGUGACAGCGUUAAAACCCCAAGGAUAUGUGGCACUAGCCUGAAGCGCCACAUGUCAAAUGUGGAAUCGUAUGAUGGUAGUAGGUACAAGAAGCACUCCCUGAGUAGCCCCGGCUUGAGCAUGGAGGAUGAAGAACUCUCUGGAAACGAAGAUGACGAUGAAGAUGAUAUCGGGAUCGAUGACGAGGAUGACGAUGACAUUGAUGAGAUCAUCAUCACUCAAGAGGAGGAUCCGCCAUCCUCAUCCUCGAACAGCACCAUUGUUGGCAAGCGAUUGGUCUACGCGGAUUUAGCAUCGCUCAAUUCCAGCCUUCAUUCAAGCCGCAAUUUAAGGUCAAUAUCAACCAGUAUAAGUGCCGAUAGUCAUCACCGUGACCGACAGGCUAUCAACGAAUUCGAUGAUCUCACAAUUAACUCAGAUAGUGAGCAAUUCCGUCGCAGCGCCCGGUAUAGUAGACCCCUUCCGUAUAAUGGCUUCUCCCAAAGUGGUAGCUAUGAGCAGGAUCAUGCGAGUGAGGCAUCGAUUCUAGGAACUCCGAUUAAGCGCAGGACCCAGUACGCAACAAUGAAGUAUAACGAAGUGAACAUUUAGGCAAUUACUCGCAACUUGGAUCCGAGAAGUGACGAGCGGUGCAGGUCUAACUUGUGUAGUGUGUAAAAUCGUAUACAAGAAUUUUUAUAGGACUUAAUAUGUGAUUUAAUCUAGGGUAAUUUAAUUCAUUAUUAUAUAGGGUCAAAGUAAGGAAGGUAAUUUUGUUUAGGAUAAUAUUCGCAUAGGGUAGGAGGGUAAUCGAAAGUAGGAUCGCCUUGUAAUCAUGUAGCGGCCAUUGUGAACCCAAUUGCAAGUUUAAUCAUCAUCGGCAGAUAGAAUUGAAUUUAUGGAAAUAUAGAAAAAGAUAUUUUUAACAUCCCACUACAAGUGGAACAUCCUUCAUACAUCGUAGCCUCAAUCCCUUGAGAUGAUUUUUAUUUUUAAAUUGAUGAAAACCGCUUGCAUUUUUUUGUUAGAUUUAUUUACCAAUCACCCACUGUUGGUCCUUGGAGUUUAUUUUUCAUUCCGAUAUCCAGCUAUUGUGUUUUCAGAUGUAGAUGUUUUUAGUAUAUGAGUAUAUUAGUAUGGUAUAUUCGCUACAUUGAACUGGUUUAUUUGGUAACAUACAACAUGACUGUGGCAGUAACUCGCUUUUUACUCGCAGAAAUAAAUGGUCUCAUAGGUCAGACAACUCGUCAGAAUCUUCCCCACCCCUACUAUGAGAGCAGCGUGACCAAAAAUGAUUGCUAUAUGUUUUCCGCUCAUCUACGCAAGAAAUGUGAGAGACAUUCUGUCCAGCUGGCCGCAGCUCCGAGCACUCAGGCCAUUGUUAGGCCCAUAUACUAUCCCCGUAGGUUAGCCUAUUCAAUGGCUUCCCGCCUACGGUGUCCGCAAGCUUUAGCAA